AUGAGCUACUCUGAUGCUGCCAUCAUAUCAAGUGUGGAAAUCGAGCCGGUCUCGCCUCUUGAGAACAAAGUAAAGGAUGAAGAAUCUGGAGAUCAGACAGUUCAGCUGGAUUCACCCGGUAUCGCAAAGGAUGACAUUUUCGAUGACGUGGAUGUUGAGGGAGAAGAGUCUGAAUUCGUGGAUGGAAAUUUUGAAGGACUUGUCUUUAUUAAUGGUGUUGAACAUUUUGUAUGUCCAGGGUUUAAGAUCCGACAACUUCCUACUCCAAUCAUUGUCAAGAGGUCUUUGAAAAUGCUCUAUAAGACAAUAGUGAAGGGCAAUCUAGUAUUAGAUCCAAACUAUCAGAGAGCCAGUGUAUGGGACGAAGUGCGUGCUUCUACACUUAUUACUUCAGUCCUCAUGGGUUAUUUUGUUCCUCCCAUCGUUCUUAACGUUAAAACUGUAAUCAAUAAGCUAAAAGAUGGCCAAAAAGAGGUAAAACACAUGCGGAUUUGCGUGGAUGGGAAGCAACGCUUGACAUCGCUUUAUAAAUUUAUGAGUGGGGAGAUCGGUUUCCUGGAUACUUCGCACCCACCGAAAAAAUGGUAUUAUUGCCAUCCAACUAUUGAUGGUGUAGUGACACCGACUAGCGGCAGAAAUAUCUGUCCAGAGGGACUGAAGAAAUUCUUCGACGAAAAGAUAUUUUGCUGCUAUGAGUAUGACCAUCUAACACAAGAGAACGAAGAAACCAUGUUCCAACUUGUUCAACGCGGAAUCGCUUUGUCACCAGCCGAGAAGAUGAGGGCCAUGUCCACUAAAUGGGCAAGGUUUACCCGAUUAUAUGAGGAGGAUUAUUCUAUGGUGAUCAACUCAUCGAAGCAAAGUCGUGCAUCAGGAUUCCGCCUUAUUCUCACUAUUUUCACAAUGAUUCAAGAAGUUCUAUCUGGGCCAACGAAUGGUCGAAGGAAAAAAGCUGUACCCGCACUGCAAGCUAGUCCUCAAGCACUUAUGCGUGUUUUAGAAGAUUCAGAACCAAUAUCGAUGGGUCUCAAACUCGCUUUCAAAGAUGUGUUUGAUAGGUUCGAAUCAUUGAUCAAGAAAGCUUCUACCAAGCUACCAAGUGGUCGGUACAAACUCAUGAAGGAUUCAGCAUUUGACCCAGCUCCUGAAUUUCUCAAUGAGCCGGAUGUCAAUCACGUUCGCACGUUCUCGCCGUUGGAGUUAGUCGCCUCCGGUAUCCUAAUUUCAUAUCACAAAGAUAGACGAUCAGACUACGCUCUUCUCGAGGACAUCAAAUCUCUGCGUCGCUUCUUGAGGCUGAAACACAAAGACUUGGGAGUCAACGCCCAAUGCUGGACCACAGCGUGGGAAUUCAUCUCCGAACACGUAAAUCGGAAUUCAAUGAAUAACUUCGCACUUCGAUUACAAUCGCAUCGACAAAAGACUGAGCACGCGGUUUCUAUGGAACUUGAUAUUUUCAGACAAGCAAGAUCUAGCUCGGAGUCUAGUGGGCUGUCAUCCCUCGAUUCUUUGUUCGAAAGCGAUUUGGGAUUAGAUGUGGAUGAUGAUGAUAAUUCAAGCGAUGGCCCAGCGAGUGAUCUGUCAGAGCCUACAUCGUCCAAAAGAGCCUUGGAGGGCAGCCUCGCCCAUAAUCAACCUUUCAAGAAAGCGAAAAAGUAA